UUUCUGUCCAAUAAAUAAAGAUAAUAAAAAAAAUUUAAAAAAAACCCCACAACUUCCCUUUUUCUUCUUCUUCUUCCCCUUCCACUCACGCUAUCGCAUCGUUUUCGUUUGACACCCGACCCCCCACUAGAACCUGCACCGCCCCGGCCUCCCUCCGCCCCGCACACGGCUGGCACCGCACGACCGUGCACAGCCCGCCUCGCCGUCGGGGAGCGCGAUGACGAGGGCGGCCGCGGAGCCCUUUGCGGCUCCCCAGCCAGAGCCGGGUCUUCACAAGCUCUUCCACGUCCACCUCCGGCUGCAAAAGGGGCUAAAAGGGGCCAAGACGGAGCGUGCCACGGCUGAGGUAGACAAGCCCCGGGAUCUACCGUAUCGGGCUGAGGGCUUAAAGUGACUCGUUGCGGCGCUGGCUUUUAUCGCAUGGCUCUGGGGCCGGGAUUAAGAAGCUUCUUGGACAGAAGGCCCAGAAAAGGAGAAGAGGAGCAGCCGUAAGCGGCAGCCAUUUUCCAAAUCUAAGUCCUCCUCCCUCCCCACCCCGGCCCCGGCCGGAAGAGGCCUCCGGAGGGGGCGGGGAUUGCUGUGGGGGCCUCAUCCGGAAGCCGCGCCCACGGUGGCGUCCCCCCGCCCGAGAAUGAACUAAAUGCGGAGGAAGACCUAACAGUCGGCGGCGAAAGCGCGCACUCGAGAACCAAUAAGAACGGAAGGAGGGGCAACGUCCUGGCGAGCGCUCCGUAUGUUUAAUCGUGAUUGGCUGGGGUCCUUCUGUUUCUUUUUUACUAUUGGCUCGACUUCGUCCUCCUCCCGCCCACCUGGAAAGCUUUUGUUUAGGUACUUCUGAUUGGCUCUUCUUGAGUGGCGGUGGAGAGCCUGGUUUGAGGAUUCUUCAGCCUGGAUUGGCGGGUUUGAGUACCCGGCGGCUCGUUCUCGAAGAAGUGCAACCCCCUUCUCCUUUCUGUCCCAUCUCCCGAUCCGUACGCUCUCCCCUUAACUCGCGCUCCCGAAUGGAUUAGAAAAAAAAAAAAAAAAAAAGGGUGUGAGGCUGGAGCCCGCCAGCCAGGCCUCCGAACACCUUAGCGCGCGCCCUCAGCGAGGACCCGCGCGAGCUGCCCACGGCGGUGCCUGCGCUGUUUGAAACUGCAGAACCCGUUAGGAUCUUGCGGGAAACUACCGUUCCAGCCGGUUCUGGAGCCCGUGCGUGCCCGGGGGGCGGGGGCGAGGGGGCUGUCGCGAGGCGGCUCCGACCUUUCGCCUGUCUGCGGAGUGGAGGCUGGAACCGGCGUUUUCUAAGGACGCCACUUGCAGUCGUAGCGCUGGCGCGGGCGGAGGCUCAAACACGGGGGUCCUGAGACUGAGGAAAACGCGCCAAGUUCCCCUCGGCGGUGGAGUCGGGGAGACCCUGAGCGGCCGGGCGGCUCAGCGAGCGGGACUACUUGCCGCGCGGCUUGCUCUCCCGGGGCGGCGGCGGACGCGGACGCGGACGCGGACGGGCGGGCGCCGCUCCGGGGAUGUAGUUGGUCCCGGCAGCAGGCAGGAGCGAGCGGCUGUGGCGGCGGCGGCCGGGGAUUCCCGCUCCCGAGAGCGAAUGGUCACCUCCCCCCCGUGGGGCGGGCGAGCCGACCGAGCGGCGUCUCCUGGGCGUCGGGGCGAGGGGGUGUCCUCCGCCGGCCCGGGGCGGCCUCUCCGCUGUGUCCGCGGCCCUCGUCCCGGCCGGACUCGCGGGCGUCACCGCCGCGGCGGACUUGCUGCGCUUCGGGGCCAUGAGCCGAUAUGAUUCGUGAUUAAAGCAUCCCGGUGUAAAUUGACUCAUAUCAGUUCCUUGGGAUUUGAAGAGAAAAUGCCUGGUGUCAUACCUAGUGAAAGUAAUGGGCUUUCAAGAGGUAGUCCAUCAAAGAAAAACAGACUUUCCUUAAAGUUUUUCCAGAAAAAGGAAACUAAGAGAGCCUUGGAUUUCACAGAUUCUCAAGAAAAUGAAGAAAAGGCUUCUGAAUCUAGAUCUGAAAUAGAUCAAGUUGUUCCUGCAGUGCAGGCCUCACCUAUAAACUGUGAGAAGAAAGAAAACUUACUACCCUUUGUGGGGCUGAAUAAUCUCGGCAAUACUUGCUAUCUUAAUAGUAUACUGCAGGUAUUGUAUUUUUGUCCUGGUUUUAAAUCUGGAGUGAAGCACUUAUUUAAUAUUAUCUCAAGGAAGAAAGAAGCCCUAAAAGAUGAAGCCACUCAAAAAGAUAAGGCAAAUUGCAAAGAAGAUUCUUUGGCAAGUUAUGAACUAAUUUGCAGUUUACAGUCCUUGAUCAUUUCAGUUGAACAGCUUCAAGCUAGUUUUCUUUUAAAUCCAGAGAAAUACACUGAUGAACUUGCUACUCAGCCAAGGCGACUGCUUAAUACACUCAGGGAACUCAACCCUAUGUAUGAAGGAUAUCUACAGCAUGAUGCUCAGGAAGUAUUACAGUGUAUUUUGGGAAACAUUCAAGAAACAUGCCAACUCCUAAAAAAAGAAGAAGCAAAAAAUGUGGGAGAGUUAUCUGCUAAGGCAGAAGAAAAACCAGAGGAGGAAACAAGCGAUGUAAAUGGCACAGAAAUGGACAGUGCAAGCCGUACGGAGGGCUGUGAAGAACAACUCCUGAAAGCAAACGGGAAGAGAAAAAGCGAGACUGAAUUGGGUAACUUGAAGAAAAAAAUUAAGGUGCCUAAGGAACACCAGUCACAGGAAGACAACCAGAGACAAACCAGAUCAAAAAGAAAAGCUUCAGGUGAUAACUUAGAAAUUCCUUCUAAAAUAACCCCCAAGUACAUUUCUGAAAAUGAAAGUGCAAAGCCCUCACAAAAGAAAGCAAGAGUUAAGAUAAAUUGGUUAAAGUCUUCAAGUAAGCAACCCAGCAUUCUUUCUAAAUUUUGUAGUCUGGGGAAAAUAACAACAAAUCAAGGAUCCAAAGGACAGUCUAAAGAAAAUGAAUAUGAUCUUGAAGAAGAGGACUUGGAGAAAUGUGAAAAUGAUAACACGGCUAACUGUGAACUGGAGUCUCCAGGGGAUGAUGUCAAACCCAUUCAUACUAAUGAGGUUAAGUCCAUAAACAAAGGCACAGAGCAAAUUGGUUUUGAAUUAGUAGAGAAAUUAUUUCAAGGCCAGUUAGUGCUAAGGACUCGUUGCUUGGAAUGUGAAAGUUUAACAGAAAGAAGAGAAGAUUUUCAAGACAUCAGUGUGCCGGUACAAGAAGAUGAGCUUUCUAAAGUAGAGGAGAGCUCUGAAAUUUCUCCAGAGCCAAAAGCAGAAAUAAAGACCCUGAGAUGGGCAAUAUCACAAUUUGCUUCAGUGGAGAGGAUUGUGGGAGAAGAUAAAUAUUUCUGUGAAAAUUGCCAUCAUUACACAGAAGCUGAACGAAGUCUUUUGUUUGAUAAAAUGCCUGAAGUUAUAACUAUUCAUUUGAAGUGUUUUGCUGCUAGUGGCUUGGAGUUUGAUUGCUAUGGUGGUGGACUUUCCAAGAUCAACACUCCUUUACUGACACCUCUUAAGUUGUCACUGGAAGAAUGGAGCACCAAGCCAACCAACGACAGCUACGGAUUAUUUGCAGUUGUGAUGCACAGUGGCAUCACCAUUAGUAGUGGUCACUAUACUGCUUCUGUUAAAGUCACUGAUCUUAGCAGUUUAGAACUUGACAAGGGGAAUUUUGUGCUUGACCAGCUGUGUGAAGUAGCUAAGCUGAAACCCCUGGAUGAGGAGGUAGCAAGGGGCGUGGCAGAAAGUUAUGAUGGCGGAGAAGUGCCGAUGAGGGCUGGUGGGAAUACACAGCCAAGCAAAGUUUUGAAUAAAAAGAAUGUAGAAGCCAUUGGACUUCUUGGAGGACAAAAGAGCAAAACAGAUUAUGAGCUGUACAACAAAGCGUCUAAUCCUGAUAAAUUUGCUAGUACGCCAUUUGCUGAGAGUAGAAAUUCCGAGGCAAGUAGUACUAAUGGGACCCGUGAAUCUGAUACAAACAAGGGACCCAGUGACCAAACAGGCGUGGACAUUAGUGGAUUUGAGAACAAGAUUUCAUACAUAGUGCAGAGUUUAAGGGAGUAUGAAGGGAAGUGGUUGCUUUUUGAUGAUUCUGAAGUGAAAGUUACUGAAGAGAAGGACUUUUUAAAUUCUCUUUCCCCUUCCACAUCCCCUACAUCUACUCCUUACUUACUGUUUUAUAGGAAACUAUAGUGUAUUUUCCCUGUGUAUAUGUUGACCCUGGACAGACACUGGUAAAGUUAAUUACAUCUUUAGCUGAUCUUUUGAAGCUAGUGCAUAUAUUGGUCUCUAGGUUUUUAUAUAGUGAAAUUUGAAUUACUGAAAACCAUGUUAAUUUUUAGAAUUCAUUUUUCUUAGUAGAGACUGGUAGUACAUUAGCUUCCGGGAACAAACUUGUAUAGGUUCUUAAUUGAAUUAUCAAAAAAAAAAAAAAAACCCAGUCGUUUAAACUUUUCAAUUUACACCUAUCUUGUGUUUGCUUUUUAAAAUAAAGUGCUUGUAUUUGUACCUCCAUAUUUUGGAGUAAUUAUCUACAUGAUGUUUAUAGGUCCUGUGGUUUUUCAACUAAGGAACAGAAUCUCAUUUCAGUAUAUUUAGUUUUUUAAGUCACAAAGCCAGUUUUGAAUAGGCUGUAUCAGAGGCACAAAGUCUGGACUAUGUGUAUUCACAAUGGUGUACAUUUUGUGCCUUGAAUCACUUAAAAAGUGUCUUAGAAAAAACUAGACAGUCCCCCUCCUGUCUUCAAAAAUUUUAUAUGUAUUUAUGAAAAUGAUUCUGUACUCUAGUAAGUCUUUUGGGGCAUGGACUAAUUUGCAUCUCUUCAUAGUUAUACGCUGCACGAUCUGUAUAUAGUACAUCAAACUUAGAGAUGUGACCUUAAAUUUAACUUUUUUUUAAAUGGGAGGUUAAUAAAAUUUAAAUUGCUUAACAA